AGAUUGAAACGGUGCAGUGUCUGGGCGAAGGGUCAGUGGGAGUAGUGAAGCCAUGGGAGCAAUAAUCGUAUACAUUCCACUGUUCUUAGUGCUGUAUGUAUUAACAGAGCAAUUUCUUCACAGGAUUAGAAACCUCCCGCCGACCCCUUUCCUCUCGCUUCCAAUCAUCGGUCAUCUCCACCUCUUGAAGAAGCCCAUGUACCGGACGUUGGCGGAGAUCUCCAACCGCUACGGUCCAGUUGUGUUUCUCCGGUUUGGAUCGAGGGGGGUUCUAGUGGUGUCGUCUCCUUCCGCGGCGGAAGAAUGUCUGAGCAAGAACGACGUCGUGUUUGCCGACCGCCCACGUCUCCUCAUAUCCAAAUGGUUCGGAUACAACAACCGGAACCUCGUAUGGUCGUCUUAUGGAGACCACUGGCGCAACCUCCGCCGAAUCUCCACCGUUGAAAUCUUGUCAACUCAUCGCCUUCAGAUGCUCGCAGCCGUCCGUUCGGACGAGGUCAAAUCAUUGAUUGGAAGGCUGGCGAGGGGUGAAAACCAAGUGCAGGACAUGAAUAAUGCCUUUUUCGAUCUGACUUUUAACGUCAUGCUGAGAAUGAUCGUGGGAAAGCGGUUUUACGGUGAGGACGUGGAGGAUGCUGACGAGGCACACAGAUUUCGGGAGCUACAGAGCAAGUCAACGCAGUUGGGUGGCAAGACAAAUAUGGAAGAUUUUAUUCCGCUGAUGUCGUGGUUGGGACUUGGUUGGGCGGCGGAGAAAGAGAUAAUGGAAUGCCACCAAAAAAGAGACGCUUUCAUGCAGAAUUUGAUCAACCAGCACAAGAACAGAGCAAUUGAAACAGAGCCCGACAAUUCAUUUCGCGAUGGAAGGAAGAAGACGUUGAUUGAAGUACUGGUAGAGCUACAAGAAUCCGACCCAGAUCAGUAUAAUGACGAAACCAUCAGAGCCUUAAUGCUGGUUUUGUUGGCUGCAGGCACGGAAACUUCCAUGAACACCAUGGAAUGGGCCCUGUCUCUUAUGCUGAACAAUCCAGAAGUUUUACAGAAAGCCCAGCUCGAAAUUGACCAAAAAGUCGGCCACGACCGUCUGAUGGACGAAUCUGACAUGGCGAACGUACCCUUCCUACGUGGCAUAAUCAACGAGACAUUGCGAAUGUACCCUCCAGCUCCACUAAUGGUACCUCAUGAAUCGUCAAAAGACUGUAGCGUUGGAGGGUAUCAAAUCCCACGUGGCACUAUGUUAUUUGUGAAUUUAUGGGCCAUUCAUAACGACCCUAAGAUUUGGGCUGACCCAAGAAAGUUUGACCCCGACAGGUUUGUGAAGGUGGACAGUGAGAAGCAUGGGUUCAAGCUGAUGCCAUUCGGGUCGGGGAGAAGGGGGUGUCCUGGAGAGGGAUUGGGGCUUCGAGUGAUAGGCCUUGUAUUGGGCUCCUUGAUUCAGUGCUUUGAAUGGGAGCGUCCUGGCGAGGAUUUGGUGGACAUGACAGAAGGCGUUGCGGUCUCUAUGCCUAAGGCCCGACACUUGCAGGCUAAAUGUAAGCCUCGACCCAUAGUUGCUCGCCUACAUCUUUCUCAAACAAAAUCAAACCUGGCCUAUUGAGAAUGUUUAAUGAAUGGUGUAGGGGUCCGUCCAUGUUAAGCUUUCUAACAACAGAACUAAACUAGUUUUCAUACUGCCUGCUAUGCAUGUAGUUUAUAGAGUAACACCAGUUUAUAACUGUUGCACUAGUUUAUAUUUUGUUUGUUGAAGUUAAAGUUAAUUUCAAUAACGUGGAAAUACUAUGGUUUUAUCCAUAUAUUACCACGCUUGUCUGAA